UUGAUUGAAGAUGAUGGCCGCGAAAUGGCAGAAACUUCAGUGCUCAAGAUCCCAGUUGUGUCUCGAAACUGUGCUUACCGGAGGCCAGUCAUUUAGGUGGAAGAGAAAUGAUCGAGAUGAGUGGAUGGGUGUUAUUUCUGGAUGUGUAUGGCGUCUCAAACAGACAGACGAACACUUGCUGUAUCAAGUGUACAGUCCAGAAGACAAGGCGAAAGUGAAAGUAGAUAAAGCGCCAAUAAAAAGUGAUAAACUGACCCUUUGUCCUCCUUUUGCUAAGGAAUCCCUAAAAGCUUCAAGAAGAAAUGGGAAGAGGAGGCAGGUAAAAGAUGAACCAUCUGCAGGUUUUGACACCCCUGUCAUGAAGAGAGUUAAAGAAGAGGCAUCAGAGAAUGAUGAAAUUGUAAGUCAAAGUUUAGGCCUAAAUGGGUUCACUAAAUUGACUGAUUUAAUAAAUACUGAUGAUGAUGACUCUUCCACUAAAGCUAUAUUGAGAGAUUAUUUCCAGCUGGACACUAAUCUUGACCAACUGUACUCUGAAUGGUCCUCUAAGGAUGAUCAUUUCAAAAAAGUUGCAAGCAGCUUCCGAGGCAUUCGGAUCUUGAGACAGGACCCUGUGGAGAACCUUGUGAGUUUUGUGUGCUCCUCCAACAACCACAUCUCCCGCAUCUCCAGCAUGGUGGAAAAACUUUGCACCCACUACGGACAUCUAAUCACUAGUGUUGAUGAAAAGGACUUCUAUGCCUUCCCUCCUCUCUCUGCCCUGACGGGAGAUGAAGUUGAGACCACACUUCGCCAGCUUGGCUUUGGCUACCGAGCAAAGUUCAUCUCCAGCAUUGCCAAGACUGUGUGUGAGGAGAAGGACCCUGGUUGGCUGAGCUCGCUGAGGGGAAGGAGUUACACUGAAGCAAAGACGGAGCUGAUGACUCUGAUGGGAGUUGGAGCUAAGGUGGCUGACUGCGUGUGCCUUAUGUCGCUGGACAAGCCCGGAGCUGUUCCUGUGGACACGCAUGUAUGGCAGAUCACUCUACGACAUUACAUGGCCUCUCUACAGAAGGCAAAGUCUCUUACUGAACGUAUCUACAACCAGAUUGGUGAGUCUUGUUCACUGCUGAUCUGAGACAUAACAAAGACAAGGGUGCUUCAGCCUCGAAGAACGAAAAGACAAAAUGCGACACAGACUCCAAAAAGAUCAGCAAAUCAACUGCAAAACGCACAAAGAAAGUUAAGACCUGAGCUGACAAAACCUGGUGUCGCACACUGACCAUAAAUACUAACGUGUUCUUAGAUAUUUGUGUUUGUUGAUUGUAGACCGUGUGUUCAGCAGUUUUGACAAAAUCUUGUCAGAUCUCACCCUGUAAUCUUUUCUAGAGUUCUUAAAUCGGUUGUCAUUUUUCAAGGCUGUAGACUAUACUCCUCCCUCUCCUCCCCCCCCCCUACACACUCACACUGACACACUCAAU